AUGUCAUCACUGGCCGGAAAGAUUGCACUGGUUAGCGGCUCCUCCGCGGGACUUGGCGCUGCAAUUGCCCAAGAGCUUUUCGCUCGUGGUGCCUCAGUUGUUCUCAAUUACCCCUUUCCCACCGAAAAGGCCAAUGCAGACAAGGUCCUCGAGAGCCUCGGUGAUUCCACAAGAGCCAUAGCGGUUGAGGCCGAUCUGUCGACGCGAGACGGGCCGCAGGCCUUGGUUGAUGGGGCUGUCAAGUUCUUUGGUAAGAUUGACAUCUUAGUCAACAGUGCUGGGAUCAACCGCCCGAUAUCUUUGGACGACCCGAACGAUUCGAAUGUUGAAAGGACAUGGCACGACAUUGUGAAUUUAAAUGGCAGAGGAGUAUUCUUCCUCACCAGGGCUGCCCUCAAGCAUCUUUCGCGAGAGAACUCACGAAUCAUCAACAUUGGCAGUUCUGCAUCUCGUACUCCAAGCCCGCAGUCCAGUAUCUAUGCCGGUGCCAAAUCCAUGGUUGAAGUUUACACGCAGUGUUGGGCAACGGAACUGCCUCGCAAGUACGGCUGCACUGUCAAUGCGGUUGCUCCCGGUCCGGUGGCCACGGACGCUUUUUUGGCCGCCCCGCCGUUUGUUAGAGAGGCUUUGCAGCCCUUGGUUGACGCGACUCCCGUCGCCCCGCGCCUGGGUACGCCGCAGGAGAUUGCCUGGGUGGUGGCGAGCUUGGCGGAAGAAAAGGCAGGCUGGGUCAAUGGAGCCUUUAUACCUACCAAUGGAGGAAGUGCCAUCUUCUAG